AUGCCGUCCUCCAAGUAUGAUGGCACAUCAGACCCUGAUGACCACGUCGCGGCCUACGAAGGACAUAUGUUCCUUUACACUCAAGUUGAUGCCAUAUGGUGUAAAGUCUUUCCCUCAACCUUGACGGGAAUAGCUCAGACAUGGUUCAAAAGCCUCAAGCCAGGUAGCGUCUCUAGCUUUUCUCUGCUGUCAUCCAUGUUCAGUACGCACUUUGUAAGCAAUAGGCGCCGUGAGCGCACCACUGGGGAGUUGCUAUCAGUCAAACAAGGAGAAAAUGAGAGCCUGAGGGACUAUAUCGGCCGUUUCAAUGUCGAGGCAGUUUCAAUACCUCGACUACAGCAGGAUGUGGCCGUUUUGGCCUUAAUGACAGAACUCAAGGAGGGAUCACCCUUCCGGAAUUAUUUGGGUCGAAAGUCGUAUACAUCCCUGGGUCCCGUCCUUGGCAAGGCCAAUGACUAUAUAAGAGGGGAAGAAUUUGACAAAGCUGUAGGCAACCGGGAGGCUGGAAAGAAGGAUGACAAGAAGAAGGAGAAGGCCCGCGAGGCGGAUCGGGGCCGAGAGGAAAGAAAGCAGGAGUCAAAUAUGGUCAAAAGAGGAAAUGACCGAGACAGGGAGAAUGAAAGGUACGAUCGCGAUCGCAGAGAUCGUGAAAAAAGUGGCCGGGAAGGAGUGAACGCAAGGAUAGAUGUUCACAAAAAUCGUGACAAAAGUAAGUGGUGUGAUUUCCAUGGAGAUCACGGCCACGUAACUGAGGAUUGCCGGCACUUAAAAGAUAACCUGGAGGAUUUAAUAAGAAGAGGUUAUUUCAGUCAGUACAAGGCCCAAACAAAAGAGGGUGAUCUUGUAAAGCCCGUGACUCGAAAUGUUCAAUCCCGGAUCAGCGAGAUUCACGUUAUCAGUGGGGGUCCCAUCCAUGGAGGAAGUGUUAACGGUGCAAAGGCAAGCAUGAAUGAAUUCCGACAUUAUGUCAAUUUCAACGCCAGUUUAUCAUGGAAGAGUCCGCCAGCAAUGCCGGCGAUGUCAUUUACUCUGGAGGAUGCAAAGCACGUAGUGUACCCUCAUGAUGAUCCGCUGGUGGUAACACUGAAAAUCUCAAACUGCCUGGUACAUAGAAUUUUGGUGGAUGGGGGAAGCUCCGCAAAUAUUCUGUACCUAUCAACAUUUGAAAAGCUCAUGCUGAGCCGUGAGUACUUGAAGCCGGUCAGGUAUCCCGUCAUUGGAUUCACAGGGGCAUCAGUGGUGCCAGAAGGGUUAAUCUCACUCCCAGUACGUAUUGGGGAGGAUGAGUCAGCCAGAGACGUCAUGAUCGAGUUUCUGGUGGUGGAUGUUCCGGGAGCAUACAAUGCAAUCAUUGGACGCCCAUUCAUUCAUGACGUCCAAGGUGUCGUCUCAACUUACCACCUGACCAUGUUAUAUGUUUCCAAUGACGGAUCAACAUCAAGAUUGAAGGGCAAUCAGGAGAUGGCAAGAUCAUGUUACUUAACAACACUAAAGCAACCAGCCAGAAGGUUCCCGGUAGAAAAUCCGGACCCACCCUCAAGGAAGCAGAGGAGGGCUCAGAGAAGAGCUCAAGUUGAGGGAAGUGAAGGUAAUGAAGCAGAGGAAGUAAUCACUGUCCGGAAGAGUAAGGAAGUGCCGCUGGAGGAGUUGGAGUCCCGGCCAGAGGAUGAGCCGAGGCCACAGCCUGAUGGAGAAACUAAAACAAGAAGCAUUGGCAGAUGA